AUGGCAGCCUGCUUGAAGGUCAACAUCCUGAUGCAUCCUCAAGUCCUCAUUUCAGGCCUUUUCCUCCUUCUCCCAGCUGCUCUGGAUUCUUUCCCAGAAGUACACGGAGUGGUGGGUCACCCCGUGACACUCCCAUGUGCUUACGCAGUGUCUCAUGGGAUCUCAUCCAUGUGCUGGGGCCAAGGGGAAUGUGGGGAUUCAUGUGGACAAACACUUAUGUGGACUGAUGGCUACAGGAUCUACUAUUGGACAAGCAAUUGCUACCAGCUGAAGGGACAGCUUCUUGAAGGAGAUGAGUCCUUGACAAUAGAGAUUGCCACUGAGAGUGACAGUUGUCUCUACUGCUGUCGAGUGGAAAUGAAGGGACCCAAUGGUGUACAGAGAAUGACCAUCUCACUGAAAGUUCAGCCAGUUUACACCAUCACUGUGACAUCUUCACGCCUCUGUUGGAAGAAUCACAUUAAAGUGGCCCCCACAAUGCAUCCCCUGAAGAUCUCCACUGAGGGCCUCUAUAUUGGAAUCUCUGUGUCCAAUGUGGUGCUGCUUCUCGUGGGCAUCCUGUUGGCCAUAAUUGUUUUCUAUAAAUAUAAGAACAAAGCUUUUGAAAUUACAAUGGAAGCAAAAGAUUCAGUCUACACUAUUGAAGACAGUUUCCAUCCCAGGAUAAACUCCCAGCUGCCCUCUAAGAUGACCUCAUUUCAAGACUGUAGGUGA